CGACUGUUAAAUUAUUUAUAUAUUAAUUUUAGUAAUCACAGAUGCGGUAAAAGAUGUUUUUCCCUCUCCUCUCCAUCAAAGUUAAAAAACUGUGUCCCCUGGAGUCGGCGCUGGUACUGAAGAUGCGAAGCUCCCCCACUCCACAACUGAAACUUGCACCUACAAUUUGGAGAAAGCCAUACAGCACUUGGCGUGCCAGAAAAAUCUUUGAUUGACUACUACUUUUCUCCCCACUAUUGGUGAAAGGUUUCAGACGUGCCGAGCACAUGGUAAAUUAUCACUCAAUACAAAUCCAAACAGUACAGUGGUGCAGCAUGCGACUGCUGUCUAAACAUCGGAGAAAUUAACGUGCCUGGAAUAUUUUCGAGUUGAGUGAAAAUGCAGCUAUUCGUAGGAUUAAGUGUGCUUGUGAUAAUCUGUGUGACGUUUGCUCAGGAUUUAAGUCAACAGGAAGAAAAGGUUCAAGAAGAAAGAGACCUUCGUGAUUACAACCAGGAUUGGCGCGCAGUGGAUUAUUCUCCUCCUCAUCAAGGUAUUUCAGGAUGGGUUCCCCAGCCCGAUGUCCAAGAGCAACCAAUAAAACGUCGCAGAAUACGCAAAAGAAAACGUAGACCACCUGUUCUCCCCGUACAAGACGCUGAAGAAUCUUCUCCACCCCGAAGAAAAGUACGCCCGCAAAGACUUGACCAAAUCAAAGAACCAUGGGAAGAGAUGGGUGACGAAAUCGCGCAGAAAUCAAACAGUAGGAGACGUUUAAUACCGGUUUAUGAUGAAGAAGAAGUUAAAACUUACGAACGGGUGCGUGAUCCCUUUACAGCGCUGCAAGAAGCAGAAGAAAAGCAGAAGACGAAAGUUGAAGAUAGUACAAAAACUCCUGAUUUAAAGACGCUUCUUAAGCAAAGUGGUGGACUAAGUUUGAGUGAGGUUUUGCAACAGAAAAAUUUGACCCUUUCGGAGUUGUUGAAAGGGAAUCGACAGGCAAUUUCCGUUCUUGCUAGAGAAACAGAAACCACUACUGAAAUAGUUACUUCGACCAAAGGAUUUAAACAUCGGAGAUUACCACCUUCCAUAGGGUUGAAGAAAGAUAUUAAUAGGAAUUUUGUACGUACUAGCGACAACUUAAGCUCAUAUGAAGUUAUAGAAGCUCAAAGAAAACGAUUAGCGUUGUUGCAUAGUCAUAAAGAUACGAAGAUGUUCCCUGAUGUCGUUCAGUUUGACGUGGUUACCGAAGCUACAACGGAAAAACGGGUAUUUGUACCUUCAAGUCCCAAAUCCUCUAAUUUAGUUAGUACGGAGCAAAUUAUUACGAUACCUACAACAACAAGAACAACAACGACGACGACGACCGCUACAACGACAACGACGAGCACGACGACACAAGCACCACUAACCUCACCCAAAUCAAGGCAAAGAGGGCUGCCUAUGACAAGUGCAAAACUAAACAAAGUAGUUAAAGACACACCCAAGCUGCCUAGUCAAGCUAUACCUAUUAAUUUGAACGACAUAUUUGGUCUUAGCAGCAUUAGUGAAAAGAAUGAGACAGAAAUAUCCGAUGGGCCUCUAAAAAUGAUUAUAGAUUUAACAGAAAUAGCCACCACAGAACUACCAUCUGAAAGUGAAAACACUAUCACAACAGCAACACCUGUAUUAAUUCUAGAAGAGUUACCAAAAACGACAACUGCGUCUGUGGGCUUAAAGCUGAAACGCGUGACGGCCAAAGAAGAAAUAAUGGAAAUUUUGAAAAAUCCCUUUGAGCGUGAAAAUCUUUCAAAGAUUUUGAGUACGCGUAAUAUGACCGUUGAAGAAUUAGUGCAAUUAAGAGAAAGAGGUUCAAGUCAAUUACACCUAGCCGAUAUUUUCCACAACAAAACCUUAGAGCCUGAACCCAAAGACGAGCCGUUUAUUGGGCACAUCCAAGGAGAUGUUUUAGAUGAUCAUCCCUUCAUCAAUCGUAAAGCGAAAACUAUGCCUAUUUCUCCAGAAGUAACACCAAUAACUCAAUCCUCUUUGAAAAUUGAGAAGGAAUUGACAACUAAACUGCCCUAUACUAUUACGAGUUUCCCCACUUAUAAAAUCGAAACGAAUAAAGAUGCGAAUAUUCAGCCCUUUUUUCCCAUUUGGCAGCAACUAUACCCACAUUUCUUUGAAGACGCUUAUGAAAAUAAUAAUCUCCAAGAUACCCCCGGAUUUGUACAACCUAUCACAACCACUACGGAAAAAAUGAGCUUUGAAGAACUCGAGAGACUGGAAGAGAUUGAGAAUGCGUUGGCUGAAGCAGCUAAUGAGCAAUUGAAGGUCGAUUUACCGCAGAAUGUUUAUAGUGAUGACGAAGAAGAAUUUAUCAAUUUGCCUUCCGGAGUGAAAUCUGCUAUUUUAGCAAGCUUAGCAAUUAUAGGAUUGUCCUUGUUGGUAUUUUUAACCAUUCUACUCAUCUUUAAGUGGUCACAUAAAAAAAAGGCAAGACUGAAUUAUAAUGGAAGUUUCUUAGGUUCGAAAAUUAGGUCGCCGAUUUUAGAACCUAACCAAAAAAGGACAUUUAGAACUUUCGUGUCAGAGACCCUAGGAAGGAAGAAAAAUUAUUAUAAGACACACAUGCAGAGUAUGUCUGAUUCGAUAUGGGACAACGAAGAGAAAAAAUCGUACAUGAUUUAAACUUUGUAGGUGGUUCUAUUUAUUGUUAUUUAUGUGAUUAUUAAGUGCAAUAUUUAUUAAGACUUCACUCACAUUUUCGACUGUAGAUGUCAUUUUUCAUUGUUGUGUAUUUUUAAGUAAUUAUGUAUUAAGUGUGUUAUGAAUAGACGAUUUUGUAGUAUUACUAUUAAAUUAUUUUUUAGUGUUAAGUUUGUUACGUUAUCGUUCUUGAGCAAACAGUAGUUUCCGGUCUUAAUGUAUUUGUUGCGAUAUAUAUGUUGAAAUUAUGUAACAUGAAUUUUUUGGCUAUUUAGUGAUGUGUGUGCAUGUGUAAGUAUAAUUAUUUCAAGAGAAAUCAUUGACUUUGUAAUUAGUCCGCGCGGUCUGGAGUUUAGGAAGGGGUUUAUCCGGAAAACUGUCAGAAAGCUGGCGUUGAAAUGUAAACAAUGAAGACGUCAGUUUUUAUAUUAUUCUUUUUUUCACUCUGUCGUACAUUUUUCGGCAUUAUUUUAUUUUAGUAAACGUUAAGAUGUCAUGUGUCAAAAAUAGUCACCACAAAAUUUUUUAGAAAUCAAUAUUUUUAAAAGUUAAAUUUUAUCAUUUUAAUUUAGCAGAUAUUUUAAAUACUUUUGAUAUUGUACUGAUUUUUACAAGCGGGUACUACAGAGAUUUCACUGUUAAACUUUUUACGUAUUCUUCCCUUUUUUUUUUUAAUUUCACAUCGAUUAAUUAUUAUCAACUCCCUAUGAGUCAGCUACAUUUAACAAAUGACCCAUAUUUGGGAAGUUGAAUAAAUGUAAGAAAAUAGGUUAUUUGUAUUAACGUUCAAUUACAGUUUCCAAAAUUACAGCAAGAAAACGAUUUAGCUCGCAAAAAACUUUAAUUAUGUCGUAUGAUCGACGACGAAAUAUGGUUAAUGGAGUAAAAUACUUUCGUAUUACAUAAUAAUUCAUUUUUGAUUCUGUGAUUAUUUUUACGGAUAAAGGUUGCGUAGCAUCUGUUACUGUAUUACCGAUCUGUGGACACUAGACAGGGUUAAUAUAAACGACAAUAUUAUUUUUUGAUAACUGAACAAGUCAAUAUUUACAAAGUUGCAAUUACACUAAAGUGAAAAUAUGUAUGUAAUUGGUUUGAUCUUUAGUUGUAUACACGUAUCAUUACAACUUUUGUGUGAUUUCAUAACCCACCAUCGAUUUUAUAAAUCAAAAAUAAAAUUACACUUCUUUAAUUUAAUUUUUG